AAUGAGGAAUGAAAAAUUAUUAGAAAAUAAAGUAAAGCAACAACACAAAGAAAUCCCUACUUCAAUCGGAGGAGGUGGCUCUUUUGCACAGGAAGAAUUCGAAAAUCCAGUAAAACAACAGAAUGGUGUCAGUCUGCUUCAAAUGCCUUUUAAUCAAAAAGAAAAUAUAGAAACAAGUCCAUUAGUGAGAGCACCAAAAUUUAAUGUUGUUCCAUUAAAUAAUAAUUCUCCAAUAAAGAAAGUUGGGAAUAGAAGGGAUGGUUGGGUACAUAUUAAUGGAGUUUCUGAAAUUAUUGUAGAUAAUUCUAGACUUGAUGGAUUACUUGAAUGUUGCCAAGAACAGUCUUUUGGAUGCCGACCUUUAUGUACAAGGAAUGUAAGCAAAGAACAGAUAAAACAAGCAAUGUCAUCAGGUCGAUGUCCUCCUUUAAGCUUAACAAAUGUUAUUAAAUGCUUUCCUCGUUUUUACAAUAUUACUUCUGUAGGGCAAUGUUGUGCCUCUUCAAGUUUAAUUAAUAGUAAUUCAAAUUUGCCGAUAAAUUCAUUUUUGCAAAUAAAACGUGAAAUUCCACCUCAUUGUUUGAGGUGA